CAUCUCGUGGAGGAACAUGGAACUGGAAUGUAAUAGUGAAGGGAAAACGAACCAAUCAGAAACAAUGAACGAACAACUCUUGACUUCCGUAGCGACUGGCGAACCUGCGAGAACGUUGAGGUUCAGCGCAUCAGCCAAAUGAAUCGUAUAGCAAAAGGGCUCAUUGUUCUGUAAUAUAAUCGGCUACAGAAUGGAAGAUGAUGGCAUGGACUAUAACAUUGUGUUUCCAGAUGCAUUGAUCUCGGAAAGACACUGGCAUGGAACAAAGGAACCAGUUGUCAUACUGCUGGGAUGGGCUGGUUGCAGAGACAAACAUCUUGCCAAGUACAGCUCCAUUUAUAACGAACAGGGUUGUGUCACUAUUUGCUAUACUGCGCCCUUGAAGACAGUAUUCGUCUCUGAAUCAUUUGGCUACAAGGAGCUGAGUAAUACUGCCCACAAACUACUUGAGAUACUCUAUGAUUACGAGGUGGAAAACAGCCCUAUAUUUUUCCACGUGUUCAGCAACGGGGGAUUCAUGCUGUACCGCUACAUUGUUGAGCUCUUGCACAGUCAUAAACAGUUCAGUACCCUAUGUAUAGUUGGGACUGUGGUGGACAGUGCCCCAGGCAGUGGAAAUGUGAGGGGGGCAUUACGGGCUCUUACAGCCACUCUGGGACCCAAAAUCAAUGUCAUGUUGAGGUGUGUUCUCUUGGCACUGUUUGCUGUAACUGUUUUCCUGCUUAGGGUGGUUCUGUACCCCAUAACCAAGUACAUCCACAAGAACCACUACGAUGCCAUCCGGGAGCACCCUCCUACCUGGCCCCAGCUGUACCUGUACUCCAGAGCUGAUCGAGUGAUUCGGUACUGCGAUGUUGAGCUCAUGGUCAAGACUCUAAAGGAGAAAGGGGUGUCUGUGGAAAGUUUUGACUUCAAAACCCCUGCCCACGUGAGCCAUUUCCGUGACUUUCCAGAGGAGUACUCCAAGAGAUGCCUGGAUUUCCUGACCAACUGCAUGAAGGAUUCAACAGUGCAAAUAAAAAAGCGACAUUUGAUCCAGCAUUGAAAGCACACUAAUUAAUGUUUCUCAAAAGUCUGUGGCACUUAUGUUUUUGUGAUUCUACUGUAAUGUUACACAUGUAUAAUUCUGUACUUGGAAAUCUGCAGCUCCACUGCACAUAUUAUUUCAAAUGCUUAAGUUUUAAGAGUCGAAGACAAUUAAGCAAAAAUAGACAAGUGAUAACCAAAGUGCCAGUGCUGUGAAUUUUGAUUGGUACUAUUUGUGAAUCUUUAAUCCAGUGGUUGAUAUUUCAAAAGAAUGUGAUUGACUAAGAAUGUAUGUACUUACUAAACACGUGUUUAACUAUUGUGCCUUCUCUAAAUUAAAGAAGCGUUAUGUCAA